AUGGUUCUUCAUUUGAACUCCUUUUUUGGCUUCUGUGUUGGCUUCCUCUACCAUUGGAUGGGGACAACUUUAUCUUUGAAUCUGGAAGAUCCCAAUGUGUGUAGCCACUGGGAAAGUUACUCAGUUACAGUGCAAGAGUCAUAUCCACAUCCUUUUGAUCAAAUCUACUACACGAGUUGUACUGACAUCCUAAACUGGUUUAAGUGCACACGACACAGGAUCAGUUACCGUACUGCCUACAGACAUGGUGAAAAAACAAUGUACAGGCGUAAAUCCCAGUGCUGCCCUGGAUUUUAUGAAAGCAGGGAAAUGUGUGUCCCUCAUUGUGCUGAUAAAUGUGUCCACGGUCGUUGUAUUGCUCCAAACACCUGUCAGUGUGAGCCUGGCUGGGGAGGACCCAACUGUUCCAGUGCAUGUGACCGUGACCACUGGGGACCUCACUGCAGCAGCCGUUGCCAGUGCAAAAAUGGCGCCUUGUGCAACCCCAUCACUGGAGCCUGCCACUGUGCAUCAGGUUUCAAAGGUUGGCGCUGUGAGGAACGCUGCCAUCAAGGGACAUACGGAAACGAUUGCCAUCAAAAAUGCCAGUGUCAAAAUGGAGCCACCUGUGACCAUGUGACUGGAGAGUGCAGAUGUCCUCCUGGAUACACGGGUGCUUUCUGCGAGGACCUCUGUCCCCCCGGGAAGCAUGGGCCGCAGUGUGAGGAGAGGUGCCCAUGUCAGAAUGGAGGCGUCUGUCACCAUGUCACAGGGGAGUGUGCCUGCCCGCCAGGAUGGAUGGGCGUGGUCUGUGGUCAGCCUUGUCCUGAGGGUCGUUAUGGGAAAAACUGUUCCCAGGAGUGCCAGUGCCACAACGGAGGGACCUGUGACUCAGCAACAGGCCAAUGCCAUUGCAGCCCAGGCUACACAGGGGAACGGUGCCAAGAUGAGUGUCCAGUAGGGACUUACGGAGUGCAGUGUGCUGAGACCUGCAAGUGUAUCAAUGGUGGGAAAUGUUACCAUAUUAGUGGUGCCUGUCUCUGUGAACCAGGAUACACCGGAGAGCGCUGUGAAACAAGGCUUUGCCCUGAGGGAAUUUAUGGUCUCAAGUGUGAUAAAAAGUGUCCCUGCCACAUGCCCAAUACCUGGAGCUGUCACCCUAUGUCUGGGGAAUGCUCCUGCAAGCCUGGCUGGUCUGGGCUCUACUGCAACGAGACGUGUUCCCCGGGAUUCUAUGGCGAGUUGUGUCAGCAGAUCUGCAGCUGCCAAAAUGGUGCUGACUGUGAUAGUGUGACUGGAAAAUGCACCUGUGCCCCUGGAUUUAAGGGUGCUGCUUGUGGUACUCCUUGUCUUCCGGGGACAUACGGAGUAAACUGUUCGUCUGAGUGCAACUGCAAAAACAAAGCCAUCUGUUCACCAGUAGAUGGUUCUUGUGCCUGCAAAGCAGGUUGGCAUGGUGUAGAUUGCUCAAUAAAUUGUCCUAGCGGUACCUGGGGACUUGGCUGUAACUUAACUUGCCAGUGUCUUAAUGGAGGGGCUUGCAAUGCUCUGGAUGGAACCUGUACCUGUGCCCCAGGCUGGAGAGGAGAAAAAUGCGAGCUCCCUUGCCAGGAUGGCACAUAUGGUAUGGAUUGUGCUGAACGCUGUGACUGCAGCCAUGCGGACGGUUGUCAUCCCACCACGGGUUACUGUCGCUGUCUACCGGGAUGGUCAGGCAUUCACUGCGACAGUGUGUGUGCUGAGGGACAGUGGGGUCCAAAUUGCUCGUUGUCUUGUUACUGCAAAAAUGGAGCAUCCUGCUCUCCAGAUGAAGGAAUCUGUGAGUGUGCACCAGGAUACAGAGGCACCACUUGUCAGAGAAUUUGUUCCCCUGGGUUUUAUGGACACCGCUGCAGCCAGACAUGCCCCCAGUGUGUACACAGCAGUGGUCCCUGCCACCAUAUUACUGGCUUAUGUGACUGCUUACCUGGGUUUACAGGAGCCCUCUGUAAUGAAG